AUUUUUUUCCUCCAGCGUUGGGUUUCUGACCGGAUCCUGGUUGAUGGCUUGAGGGAGCUGGAGUUUUUUGGAGACUCGCAUUUAGGGGACUCACGAAAGAAACCUGAUGAAGCAGCCAGCGCGGAGUCCAUAGCGUCCUGCCGCAGUCCGGACACCAUGGGUGUAUACGCUCCGGAUAAUAGUUGUUACGAGCUCCUCACUAUCAUAGGGAGAGGGUUUGAAGACCUGAUGACGGUAAACUUGGCACGAUACAAACCGUCGGGAGAGUAUGUUUGUAUCAGAAGAGUUAACUUGGAGUCUUGCACCAAUGAUAUGGUGGCCUUCCUGCAGACGGAACUUCAUGUGUCAAAGCUGUUCAACCACCCCAACAUCCUCCCUUACAGAGCCACUUUCAUAGCCAACAAUGAGCUUUGGGUGGUCACCCCUUUCAUGGCUUAUGGGUCAGCCAAAGACCUGAUAUGCACACACUUCACAGAUGGAAUGAGUGAGCUGGCAAUCGCUUACAUCCUGCUCGGAGUGUUGAAAGCCUUGGAUUACAUCCACCACAUGGGUUACGUUCACAGGAGUGUGAAGGCCAGUCAUAUCCUCAUCUCUGUGGACGGGAAGGUGUACCUCUCUGGCCUGCGCAGUAUUCUGAGCAUGAUAAACCACGGACAGAGACUGAAAGUGGUCCAUGACUUCCCCAAGCACAGUUCCCGGGUUCUUCCCUGGUUGAGUCCAGAGCUCUUACAGCAGAACCUUCAGGGGUAUGAUGCCAAAUCUGACAUCUAUAGUGUGGGGAUUACAGCGUGUGAGCUUGCUAAUGGACACGUGCCAUUCAAAGACAUGCCAGCUACACAGAUGCUCCUUGAGAAGCUGAACGGCACAGUACCCUGUCUGCUGGACACAGCAACCAUUCCUGCCUCUGAGCUUACCAUGAAGACCUCUCGCUCUGGAGCGGACUCUGGCAUUGGAGAAGGCACCUCCUGUCGCCCAUCCAACGGGGAACCCAGCAUGCACCCUUACAACCGAACUUUCUCCCCACACUUUCACAACUUGGUGGAGCAGUGUCUGCAGAGGAACCCUGAGCUACGGCCAAAUGCUGGCACUCUGCUCAAUCAUUCCUUCUUCAAACAGAUAAAGCGCAGAGCUUCUGAAGCCCUCCCCGAGCUCCUCCGUCCAGUGUCCCCCAUCACCAACUUCGAGGGAGCUAGAAGUUCAGAGCCUCCUGGAUUAGAGGGACUGGUAUCUAACAUGGAGCAGUUGGCUGUGGAUGAUUGGGACUUUUAA